AUGAGCGAAGGGAGGAAGAGCAGACUGGCAACGUCUGAACCGACGUCGACGACCUCGUCUGACGGCGCGGCAGCUCCCGACGCCGAUGAUGGCGUGACCUGGAAGCAUGCUGUCGCGAGGAUCCGGCAAACGCAGCAGAUCAUACGAACCCCCAAUCCCGACAACAAGGGAUACGCGCGGCAGAAGCAGAACGGCAAGCUUUGGGUGCGCGAAAGGCUCGGCGCGCUGCUCGAUGGCGGCUCCUUCAACGAAGUCGGCUCCCUCACGGGCAAGCCAAUCCUCGACGAAACGACAGGAAAGAUGAAGGACUAUCUCCCCGCUAACAUGGUCCUAGGCUGGGGCAAGAUCGACAGCAGGAAGGUGUUCGUAGCGGCGGACGACUUCAGCGUACGGGGCGGGCAUGCCGAUGGCGGCAUUCAAGGCAAGGCCGCACACGGUGAGGCCCUUGCAACGCAGCACAGGGUACCUCUUAUACGGCUGCUUGAUGGAUCGAGUGGAGGCGGAAGCGUGGCGACCUACCUCACUUUAGGCGCAACAUAUAUCCCACCUCUAGCUGGAUUAGGCCAGAGUAUGACAGCGAUGGCUACCGUCCCUGUGGCCAGCGCAUUACUGGGGCCCGUCGUUGGCCUAGCCUCUGCCAAAGCCGUCAUCAGUCAUUUCAGCGUGAUGGUGAAAGGACUGAGCCAGCUUUUUGCUGCAGGGCCUCCGGUUGUGAAGCAGGCUACCUACGAGGACCUCUCCAAAGAAGCUCUAGGCGGAUGGGAAAUCCACGGACGUAACGGCACCGUUGACAACGUUGCCAACUCCGAACUAGACGCAUUCUUGCAAAUCCGGACGUUCCUAUCAUUUCUCCCUUCAUCAGUGCAUGCUAUGCCACCUGUGGUCGCUUCGUCCGAUCCAGCAGACAGAAAGGAGGAGGCGCUGAUCAGCAUCAUUCCGCGUCGCCGGGCCAGGACAUACGAUAUCCGCAAACUUGUGCAGCUUCUUGUCGAUCGCGUGGACGCCAGCCCCGGCGACCAACAUACUGCGUCUACAAGCUCGUUCUUCGAGAUCGGGGCAACUUGGGGACGCUCUGUCGUUACCGGACUCGCACGGCUUCGAGGAAUGCCGGUAGGCAUUCUCACCAGCGACUGUACUGUUGGCGGAGGUGCACUUGACGCUCUCGGAAACCAGAAAGCGGCGCGCUUCGUGAACUUGUGCGACCAAUUUGGCAUACCGCUUCUGAACUUGGUUGAUCAGCCGGGCUUCGCUAUAGGCUCUGUGGCAGAGCGCACGGCUACAAUCCGCCACGCUGCCGCGAUUAUGGCAGCACUCUACCAUGCCACCAUCCCCAUAUUUACCGUGAUCAUCCGCCGUGCGUUCGGCGUCGCAGGAGGCGCGGUCGCCGACUCAGGCGACGGGCUGAACACUCGCGUGGCAUGGCCGUCAGCGGACUGGGGCAGUCUGCCGCUCGAAGGUGGAGUGGAGGCGGCGUACAAACGGCAGCUCGACAGCGCUCCGACGCCAGCCGCGCGCGAGAAGAUGAUGAAGGACCUGCUGGCACAAUUUGAGGACGUGCGGGAUCCGCUCCGGACGGCUCAGAUGUUCGGCAUCGAAGAGAUCAUCGACCCGCGCGACACACGACCGCUCGCUUGCAAGUGGAUAUCGCACGCAUACACCCACUUGCUACCCCCGCGGCUCGUCGCCAUACAAGCGUCUGCCGCCGCAAAACCCAGAAAAUACAAACUGUAG